GAGUGGAGGAGUGAAGGAGUGAAGAUCGAAGCUCCGCCACUUUUUCUCCACUUUUGCGCUCCUUCUUCUUAUAUUGUCUCUCACUCCGUCUGUCUGUCUGUCUGUCUGUCACUCUGUCUGUCUGUCUGUCACUCUGUCUGUCUGUCACUCUGUCUGUCUCUCACUCUGUCUGUCUGUCUCGCGCUCACUGUGGAAUUCGGUGAGGAGUCGCGCGCGGUGUAACGGAUCUGCGGAACCGGAUCCGGGCUGGGUGAGGGGGGGGGAGGCAGGAUGUGGAGGUGUCCGAGACACAGCGCGAGCUCCCUCUCAUUACAGACCCGGGUUUACCGAACCGGAGCGGAUAUCCGGUGCGCGUGAAGAGCAGAACAGAGGAAUUAGUGAGUGGAGAAAGUGCAGAAGAGAGAGAGAGAGAGAGAGAGAGCUGGAUGAGUGCACGCGCGAGCACAAAGGUCCCGGGCUCCAGAUGUCCCACCGCCUGAGAUUGUCCUGGGUUGAGACCCAGCGGAGUGUAACAGAGAGGAAAGGAGGAGUCGUGGGCUUCUCAGCUUCUCAGCUCCAGGGCUGCCGCUGCAAUUUCACACAGGCUCUGGGCCAAACGAAUCCUGCCGUGCUUUGAUAUUUUAGCAUGGAUGGCGCCAAUCACGGAACCUCUGACCUCAAAAAUGAGACCGUGGCGCUGAGAUGGAGGACUAGCAAUUAUCGAAGGAUUAACCCCGGACUUCCUCUCUGUGAACUCUGCAUUAGUGCGAUCCUAUAAAGCACCUCGCUGGAUUUACUUCUCCUCCCUUAAACCACAGAUUUUGUGGGUGGCUCUAAGUUUUUUCUUUCUUUCUCAUUUUCCCACAAUGGAGUUCCAAGUCGGACUGUGGAAUAACGAUUGGACCUCAUUUGUUCGAUUUUGCUUUACUGUAUUGCUGAGCUUGCAUCUGCAGUUCAGUCCCGUUGCAUCUUGUCCCAAAGAGUGCCGUUGCGACAAAACAUUUAUUUACUGUAAUGAGAGGAGUUUGACAUCUGUGCCUCUGGGUAUUGGGGAGGGAUACAAGAUCCUCUACCUCCACAACAACCAGAUUAACAGCGCUGGAUUUCCAGUGGAUCUCCACAAUGUGUUGUCGGUGGAGACUGUCUACUUGUACGGGAACCAGCUGGACGAGUUUCCCCUCAACCUUCCCAGAAAUGUAAAAAUACUCCAUUUACAGGAAAACAACAUCCAGACCAUUUCCAGAGCAGCACUUGCCCAGCUACCCAAGCUGGAAGAACUGCACUUGGAUGACAACUCCAUCUCCACAGUUGGGGUGGAGGAAGGGGCUUUUCGGGAAGCGGUUAACCUUAAGCUCCUCUUUCUCACCAAGAAUCACUUGAGCAGUGUUCCUAUCGGACUACCAGCAGAUCUUAAGGAACUGCGUCUGGAUGAAAACCGCAUCGCUGAGAUAGAUGAAGGAGCUUUUCAAAAUGUUACCAGUCUACAGCGGCUGUUGCUGGAUGGAAAUCUUCUGGAGGAUGAUGCCAUCGCUCCGGGUACCUUUAAGAACCUGGUCAACCUCAAAGAGCUUUCCUUAUCCCGGAAUUCUCUCACGAUGCCGCCACCUUUGCUUCCGUCAAUGUCUCUUGCUAAACUGCACCUGCAGGAGAACCAGAUUAAAGACAUUCCUGUUUUGGUUUUCUCUGAGCUCAGGAAGCUUGAGAAACUUGACCUGUCAACUAACCUACUACAGACUGUACCACAGGGCGUGUUUGAUGGGCUGAGAAGCCUGAAAUAUCUCAAUGUUCGAAGCAACCAGUGGCGCUGUGAUUGCGCUAUUAAGUGGAUUGUCUUUUGGCUGAAGUCCUUGCCAUCUUCCGUGAACGUCCGUGGAUUUGCAUGUCAGCAACCAGACAGACUAAAGGGCAUGAUAAUCCGAGAACUCAACCUUGACAUCCUUCAGUGUCCGGCUGGUACUGAAAUCGAUCCAUGGCUCACUCACUUACCUCUGUCUCCAUCCCAACCUCGUAGACCCACCAUCCUUCCCAGAACCACCCCCAUCACCACCACCAUGUCAUCCACAGUUUUCCACCCAACCACAACCAAUCCCGUGCCUCCGGUGCCCAACUUCCCACCUGUUCCCUAUCCUCCCUAUGAAGACCCUUUGAAAAUAUUCUUGAAUGUCGUGAAUAGCACGUGUGUCGAGGUUAGUUGGGAAUCUUAUUUCACGGUGACGGCUUACAAAGUCACCUGGGUCAAGAGGAGUCAGAAUUUAAUGAUGGAUAUUAGCCAAGAGAGGAUGGUCCCUGGGGAGCAACGGACACUUAACUUGUAUGACUUGGAACCUAGAUCUAAGUACCGGAUCUGUGUUUACAUUCUGGAUUCCUUAAAUAGUUACAGACCUGGAGAGGAUACGAUCUGUUCAGAGAUCAGGACCAAAUCAGCCUUGAGAAACUCCAACAAUGCGUCUGAGUCGGACCAGGUGGCACAGCAGGACGUCGCGUCGACGUUCCUUUUAGCCGGCGUGAUCGGUGGUGUCGUGCUGCUUAUUUUGAUUAUAUUACUUAGUCUCUUUUGCUGGUACAUGCACAAGAAGAGCAGGUCUUCCUGUUCCUCAUCCAAAUGGAAAUACAACAGAGGCAGGAGAAAAGAUGACUACUGUGAAGCCGGCACCAAGAAGGAUAACUCCAUCCUGGAAAUGACCGAGACCAGCUUUCAGAUUGUGCCACUGAACAAUGAACAGCUUCUCAAGGGCGAUUUCAGGAUCCAGCCCAUUUACACACCCAAUGUUGGCAUUGGCUACAGAGACUGCCACCUCAGUAACAAUAGCAUUGUUUAUUGCAAGAGCAGCAAUGUUCCCGGUGUGGAAUUUUGCCACACGUGAUGCUUUUUUUAAAAAAAAAAAAAAAGACGAUAUAAACAUUCACUGUACGAUUAAUGCACACACGGUUUUAUAUCUAAAUCUAAAUCUAGAUCUAAAUAUGAAUAUAUCCCCCCAUGGUAAUUUAUAUUGCGGACAAUUAUGUGGAAUUAGGCUUUGGGUUUGUUCUUUAUUUUUCUUAGCAAAUGGUUGUGUAAUUAGCAUGGACCUGGCGUACGUCAGUUGUGUUUGUACAAUCAAGGCUGGUGUUAAAUGCAUUAGUCCAGGUUUUCUGCCUCUCGGGUGUGAACUUGGAUACCUUGCUAAGAAGCGAAAUACAAAUCCCUGCGGAGAAACGGUAGUUAAGAUAACAAACUGGUCAGGAAAAUGAAACACCACUGAUUAGCCUGCAGUGGAAAAAAUAAUACAGGAGCGGAGCUGUUUUUACUUUUUUCGUUUAGUCUUGUUGUCGACGUGGCAGAGUGAAGCAGUCGCUCAGGAAAUGAGCUUUUUGUGAAAGUCACAUCUGAACACGCUUACAACAUUUCAACACCACAAAAGCUUGCGAGGGGCCAAGAGUUGAGUUGAUCUACAAGCUGGUGUCGUGUUUGGUUUGGCUUUCUGCCACCAGAGGGCAGGAUUUUUUUUUCCUCUGGAGGAUUCUUUCAACCAUUUACCAAACGUUACAGAUCCAAUCCCACUAAUUUCAUAUUGCUUUUUUGGUUUUUGCCGUUGCGUUUAGAAUUUCAUCUCAAACAACGUCAAAUAUAUACAGGGUCGCUGAGGCUUUGGGAAGAUUUCAGUACAGGUGUCUAUGAGCUCAUACCCUCAAUCGCUGACAUUUCAUGUCUGUGUGUCUCGCUCUGGAGGCUCCUUACAAAUUAUAUGAGAGGAUUUGCAAAUCACGCACCCUUCCUAACGAGCCCUGGAGUCUGUGUUGCAUUAUUAUCUCAUAAAACAAUGUUAUUUUUGGUGCAUAUUGAGUUGGACACCUCGUAUAGAGAAAUCUAGAUCUGUACGUUAGCUCGACUGUGCUCACAGGGUUACAGGUAUGGCUCGGGUUUUCCUCUGUUUUCCUUUUACUGAUCAAGUGCUAGUUUAAUCAGGCAACUGUUUAGGUAAGAUGAUGAAUUGUGGCACAUGAAAAAAAAUGCUUCUUAAAUCCAAGCGGAGUGGUAUGUGCCAGAGCUCGGUUUGCCCUCAGAUCCCUGCAUGAGUGCAAUUAAAACUAUUUUUAAUGCUGCGCUGGUUUUUCCAAGCCAGGGCGCCUGCUUAGGGAUGCCAUUUUUUUUUUCACCGUGGAGAACUUCUUAUUAUUCACUGUUACUCUCUGACUUUAUUUGCUUUGACAAGAUUUUAUUUCGUGGGUCAAGUUCAAAGAAUCUCUCCCCUCUCGCUCAUAAUCCCUGGGCCUGAAAAAAGGAAAGAAAGAAAAAGAAAAAGGACGAAAAAUAUGUCGAGGUUAUUUUCGCCUUUGAGGAUUGAGAGAGAGAGAGAGAGAGAGAGAGAGCGAGAGGAGGUCGACUGAUUGGAAGUGUUUAACCCUUUGUAGGCCAGCAGGGGAAUCAUUUUUAAGAAAUAAAGCCAGAUUGUGAACAUCACCGAGUUCAGAUUGUUACGAGCGCAGACGUGAUUUGAACUCCACAUGUCUGAACUGUAAAAAAAAAAAAAACCACAAGUAUUUUGUUCAUGUAGCAAAAACAGAUGUCUCUGAGAAAGAAGGAAGAAAAAAGCGCUACUGGACUCAUGUGGCUGUCGAGGUAUUUCUCUCAGACUGUGCCGACCCUCGUCCCAAACAGCAGGGGUUUGUGUUCGAGAAUUAAAACACAACUUUUCUUCAUUUUAUUCAGAACUUUAUUUUAAACAACGAUGUGCGGAUGAUCAUCUAAACAUCCUAAAAUCCUCCAAAACUCAGAGUAUUUAAGAAGUAAAAGAUUGAAACUGUACGAUAAGAGGAAUGAAACUGCUAUCGUAGGAAAAUAAUCAACAUCGUUAACAGGAACUUCAUCACUACGUGCUUUUGUUUGUUUUAUGGUAAUGAUGUCGCUGAUUCACCAGUAGAGAACGCUGAGGCUGAAGUAAUGGAAGCCUCCAGUUUCGCAUCGUGUGGUGACUUCGUUACGCCGUUUACAGAACGCUAAAUUGGCUCCACGUUGCUAAUUGAACAUUUGUUGGGUAAAGAAGUCAUGCAUUUAUUUAUUUAUUUUCUGAGCAGCUCCUUAAUAAGGACGUUCUAAUUGGACGACAUUUCCAUCUUUAACCUCAACAGCAAACAGCAGCAUCUGUUUCGUGCUCGAAAUGACGUGAUCUUCAUCCUGGUCUAAAAUGAAGAUUUUAAUAAAUACGAUCUGGGCUUUUUUUUUCAGAAGCACAAACGCUGCCUGUGUAGCCAUGAUGAUUAACGGCUCAUCAGCUCACGCGUACGUAGCGACCAUGUUAACGCUUCCUGAACGCCAGCGCAGAAGCUCAGAAACAUUCGGCCUUUUUUGUGAAGGCGGAUUUUAACGAAUAGUUGUGGAUUUAAUGCGUCAUGUCUCAUAAAACUGUACAAACUCUCUCUCUCGCUCUCUCUCUCUCUCUCUCUCUCUCUCUGGUGGAUUUUAUUCUCCCUGAGCCGAGCCGACAUUCACUGAUUGAGUCCAGACCGGGUUUUUUUUCUUCCAAAAUUCAUGACGAACGGUUUUAAUCAUCAGCUGCACCUCUAAAGUUUCAGAGAAGAAAAGCAGGAGUGGAAAUUACCGAGACGCCGUUUUGCGUUUCUGCAUCAUUACGAGUCGGUGACGCAGAUGUUGAUGUUUGUGUUUAUUUGCGGAACGUCGUGUUUAUUCCGCGGUUCUGCCCUGGAAGAACUCACGGAUUCAGACUGGAAUAAUUAGCAGAAAUUACAAACAUCGAUCAUUAUUUAAUCAUUAAUUAUUUAAUUAUUUAAUUUUCAUCACCUUGUUUAUUUUGGAGAAGCGAAGAAAAAGCCGUCAAUAACGUCGAUAAAUCUCAAGCAGCUUUACCUCCAGCUCCAAAACAUCAUCACUGCGUCAUAACAUUUUACUUUAUCUUAUUUUAUUUCUUGGGUUAAACUGGAUAAUCCCCAGAGAUCCACAGCAACCAAAGCAAAUUUUUCUUCUUCUUCUUGUUUUUAUUCCACACUCUCAUCGUUGUCUCAUGUACGUGCCUUGAAAAUGAAUUUACAGUGUAGUCCUCAACACCUUUAAUGUUUUUUGCACAGACUGUACAUAAAUAAGUUUUUUCUUUGUUUUUUCUUUGUUUUUGUUGUUUUUUUUAAAUAAAGAACAUGGAUUUGAUGGA